AUGCACACCCAUUCCUUAUUGGGUCCACCCCGUGAUGAUUACGUUUUCCCCACCGACGGCUCCGAACACAUUCACGCCGAUCCCUUCAGCGGCCCUUCGCGGCAUCACCGCACAAGCACAUCCACCACAGCACCACCAGUCACUCACUGUCCACGGGCAUGGCGUUGUUUGGCACUCGGCUGUUUUCACGAGGCAUUUCAGUUAAGUGAAGUCAAUAAUGAUGUUAUUUGCAUGGCAGCAUCUCUUAUUAUGUAUGGAGAAACAAAACAGGCUAUAAAGACUAUGGAGGCUUACAUUAUCGCAUCUUGUGUAGUCGCACAUGAAAGAUAUUUAAAGCCAAAUCAAACAGAAGAUCACUUUCUUCUUCGUACAAGUGAAGUCAUGGCAAGUUGGAUGUCGAGUCCUAAAAUAGCUUCUAAAGUUAUUGGAAAAAGUGCUCGAGCUAAUGAUGAGGAGUAUAGAAGAGCUGUAAUGGAUACUUGUGAAACUAUUAAUUGGGAUAGCAUUCACCGUUGGUUUAUUAUUGCACUCUUCUUAUAUGAUGAUGAUUAUAAACCACCAGAAGUUGCAUGGUUUCGUUACUACUUUGCUCUUUUUAAACAAGGAUGUCCAUUAUUACAUAAUAAUGUUGGUUCUUCCGCACAUCUUAAGAAAGUUCGUCCACAAGAACGAGCUUCACCGAUUCAAUUAUUAUCUUGUAGUGAUGUAGAAGAUAUUCUUCUUUCCCAGUGUGGAAUAGGAGAAGCUGCUUUUAUUUCUGCCGUUACUGCAUGGAAAACACAUCAUUACCGUAGUGCUAUUACAGCUGCAACAGAUUUUUUAAGUUUAGAAGAAACUGGAUAUGAAAUUACAGAUCCCAACUUGCGAAUUAUGGCGUAUUUUAUUCGUUGUAUGUCUUUUAUUGCAUUAGGUGAACGAGUUUUCGCAUCUCAUGAUGCCGUUUUUCUCUUACGUGACGAAGAUGAGUUUACUUCAGCUGUAGGUGCUAGUUUAACUGCAUUUCUUAUGCCAUUACCAGAAUCUCUGGAUGUAAUUAAAAAUUAUGAAGGACCUUCUUCACAGAGACGUUACGCUUACGCAUUAUGUGAGUAUAUUCAUGCUUUAACACUUGUUCAACUUGGUUCUAUGGAGUCUGCAGUAAAAAUUAUUCAAAACACUUUAAAUAACACAACGGAUGAUAUGGGAGAACUUCUUUUAGAUUUACUCGUUAUUGCCUGUACGGCAUUAGAAGAUUCUAAAACACUUCUUAAUAUACAAUUAUCACCAGAAAGACAACUUUAUCUUGCCAUGGCUCCAGUCUUUUAUGGUGGUUUUGGAAGUGAUUGUGCCAAGUUGCGUACACACACACCAGCAGGACGAUUAUUAUAUCCAAAAGAAGUUCCUACAUAUGCUUCUUUACGUCAAAUGCUUCCUUUUUAUAUGAACCGAGCCCAUCAUCAAUUUGCUCAUCAUAAAUAUAUAGAUGCAUGGGAAAAUGUUUCCUUAGCUGUUGCCUGUGCAGAAGAAAUUAUUGGUUCUGUAGAAUUUGCCUUUACGGAAUGUUCUCCAUUAAAUGUAUAUUACUUUGGUUGUUGUGUUGGAGCAGAAGUAUUAAAUACUUUAUUAGAAGUAAUGACGGCAAAAGAUGCGGUGGCACGGGCGAGUACAAAUCACAUGACGGUUACUUUACUCACACAAGAAGGUGAUAUUCUCGGUGAAGAAGUAUUACGAAAGUGUGGGGAGUGGGCUCAACGGAUUAGACAAUUUCAUCCAAAUGUACGAUUAGGAAGUAUUGUCCUUGCUCAAUAUCGUACAAUUAGUCGAGCAAAGAAUUUUAUUAGUCGAGCGAUUUGUCUUGCCCAACGUUAUCCACGUAGUGUGUUAGCUCAAAAUUGUUUAACACUAGCUUUAUAUGCUAAUCAUCAUAUUCCAGAAGCAGUUGAUCAGGCGGCAAAAACACUUCAAACAUUUCCACAUUCUCGUGAAGUGGUUGCUGUUCAUCGUGCGAUUGUACAAAAGGAUGGUGUGUAUGUAUUUAACUAUCGUACACUUUUUCCUGUACGUUAUGCUCCUGGAUCUCAACGUGUUUGGACAAAAAGGAUGAUUUUAGUUAUUAUAUUACUUUUUAUAAACUUUAUUAUAUACGUAUUAACAUUACUGGUGAAUAUGUCUAAUUGGGUUGUUUAUCCUGAACCUAUAAAAGAAAUUGCUGUACGUCUACAACUUCCUUCGUUAUUUCCACUUUUCUAUGCUGUAUUGGUUAUUGUAUAUGCGAUAAUGGCUGCUAUUUCACCUCGAAAUCUUGUACGUACAAUGAUGCAUGAUUUGUUCUUUACCAGCACACGAUUGAAUUGUUUCCUCUUUCCAAUGCGAGGAUUAGCUUUUGUAAAUACAUUUAAUGCUUUACAAAUUACUAUUGCUGGUAAUAAUUUUCUUUUCGAAUCUCAUUGGUAUACCUUUCUACUCUAUGUUAUUCUAACCUGUCUCUUUGUUCCCUUUACAUCACGAGUUUGGUUUCUCUCUUCAAUGGAUGAACCAAAGGUUGGAGUGUGGUCGUGGUUGACAUUAUAUGCUAUUGACAUUGUAACAGGUCUCAUUCUUUUGGUUCCUCAUAUUAUUUUAUUUGCAAUUGAACCAUUAUCAUUUAUUGCCUUUUUCUUUUUUCAACCUAUUCGUCGACCAGAGGAAAAUGAUGAGAUAAGUGGACAUGUGGGAAAACGAUUAAUUCUACAUCAAGCAUGUCUUGAAAAGAUGUCAUCAAGACAUUUUACAGGAUCUGGAUCAAGAUUUAUUCAUAUACGUCUGAUGUCUUUAUUAUAUUAUAAAACACAUCCUGAUCUUACCACUAGAUUUCUUUUAAGAUCUCAAAUUGAUGAGGAAAAUUACCGUAUAUUUCCACUUAUUGAUGUAUAUGAACGUAUACCUACAGAACCUGUGGAUGCGGAUAUGCUUGAUACUAGAUUAGCUCAACGACGAAAUGCCUCUAUUCAUUUAUUUUCUACUUUACGUACAGUACGAAGUGAAAGUGAAACUGGAGAAAGUUAUAAAGAUUUAUUGGCAUCAAGAAGACACUUACGAAGACUUACCGCAGUGGAUGUCUGUGAUGAUGAUGAUGAUACAAAUAAUGAAGAUUAUACUGAAAUGUCAGAAGAUGGACAUUCAGAUGGUAAUAAUAAUAAUAAUAAUAAAUCUAAUGGAAGGGGAAAGAGAAGGAAGAAGGGACGUACGGACUCUUCAACUCCCACAAUAGAUUUAGAUGCGGCUCGGGAUGGUGAUACGAAUAAGAUGACAAGAAGAAGAAGUCGUCUCACUUCACUGGGUAAAUCCCCGGUACUUGAUAUGGAAUCUAAACAAAGAAAAGAAACUCUACGUCCUACUGCUAUUGCUCUUGCUGCUCUUAAUAAAAGUAAGAAUACCAGUCAUGAUAAUGAUGAUAAGGAUAAUAAAGAAACCCGUUCAGAAGCUGGGGAACACACAGAUCAGAAUACUCCACAGGAGUUGUGUAGGGAACAGAGGAAUGCUGGUCCGUCGGAAUUGUUGGAUACUUCCUGUGAUAGAGUAGUGAUGCCUGGUAAUGAAAGAUGUUUGCGAAAUCGUCAUAUUGAUAUGCGAUUACGUCUUUCUGAACUUGCUGAAACCAUUCGGGAGGAACUCUUAACACAAUCUUCCAAUCCUUUAAAUGCCAAUACCGGUCUUCCGGAGAGAACUGGUGGUACAUAUCCUCGAAGGGGUAUGGAUGGUUCAGAUAGUAAUUUUUAA